AGCUCUCCAUCACACAAACGGUGGCGGCGCUUCAUCGGCCGACUAAGAUGAAGCAGUGCGGGGUCUUAAGUGGCGUUGUCGCACUGACUUUUCUUACAGAGUUGGCCCGGGUUGUCUGUUUGGUUGAACCGGUUUGGGAGGUCGGGUCGCUGAUAUGAACAAGGUGACAGGCACCGGAAUGUGAGAGAAAGCGGCGUGAGGAAAUAAGGCGGAGGGAGCAUUUGGAAUGCUGUGUUGGAGUCUGAGCGCGAGGUCGGCAGCUGCCAUGGUUUCCCUGGGCUCGGUUAGCUACCUCCUAUGUAACAGUGUUGUAUAGUAAUCAACGAUGGAUAAAAUCCUGGAAGCCCUCAUCACCUCUUCACAUCCCCUACCAGUGAAGAAGGGGAUUGUGAAGAAAGUUGUAGAUGCAGCCGAGAACUCAGUUGACCGAGAGCAAUGCAAGGCGAUGUUUGAUCUAACAACACGAUUAAUUUUAACUGGAGAGGAUGAUUUCCAGAAACAAGUGGGUCAUCAGGUACUUGAUGCCUACGCCAGGUAUCAUCGUUGUGAAUUUGAGGAAUUCUUCAACAAGGGAUUUAUUCUAAAUCUUCUGCAACAAGGUUAUGGAUCAUUAGAUAAGAAAGAUAUCGCCAUCAUUGACUAUAUCCACAUGGGACUUAAACUUAUUAUGAGCUGCCCUUCUGUGCUUGAAAUUUUUGGCUGCAUGCACACUGAGGUACUUCGACUAGUUUGUGAAAGACCAGAGCCUUUGCUGUGUGCUAGGUUGAGUGAGUUGUUGUCUGACUUUGUACAUUGCAUCCCAAGAGGUAAAUCAGCAGUACUGUUUUGCCAGCAGCUAGUAAGGACAAUAAGUCACUUUCAAUGCAAUGCGACACAAGAAGAAGAGAUCCGUGGAUUUAUUUCUCAGGUGAACAAAGUAAGCAAUUUGCUGCAAAGCAUUUGGAAAGCUGAGCCUGGUGCACUUUUGCCUUCUCUGCAAGAAGUGUUUGUGAUAAUCUCUGCUACAGAUUCUUUAUUUGAACCAUCUAUUGCCCUAGCAAGCCUCGUUCAGCACAUCCCAUUACAGAUGAUCACAGUUCUCAUUCGAAGCCUGAUCACCGAUCAAAACGUUAAAGAUGCCAGCAUGACUUGUGCACUCUGCAGAAUGAUUGACUGGCUGUCCUGGCCGUUAGCUCAUCAUGUCGAAACCUGGGUGAUCGCACUGCUCAAAGGACUGGCUUCAGUCCAGAAGUUCACUAUCCUCAUAGAUGUCACUCUACUUAAAAUCGAACAGGUAUUUCAUCGUCUUUGGUAUCCUAUUGUGAGACCUGGUGCUUUAACAGUUCUUUCCCACAUGCUGCUCAGUUUUCAACAUUCUCCAGAAGCCUUUCACUUAAUUGUUCCUCACAUUAUAAAACUAGUUCAGUUCUUGAAAGAUGAAGAUUCGCCUACCAGUAAAAUCUUCCUUGUGCAGUUGACUGAGUUAGUGCAUUGUAUGAUCUAUCAGUAUUCUGGGUUCCCUGAUCUCUACGAACCUAUCAUUGAAGCCAUUAAGGAUUUGCCAAAGCCUUCUGAAGAAAAAAUGAAGAUGACCCUUAAUCAAAGUGCCUGGACAUCGCACUCAAAUUCUUUGGCAUCUUGUUUAUCGAGGCUUUCAGGAAAAUCUGAAACUGGGAAAACCGGGUUAAUAAACCUGGGCAAUACAUGCUACAUGAACAGUGUCAUUCAAGCAUUAUUUAUGGCUACGGAUUUCAGAAGGUCUGUUUUGUCAUUGAAUCUAAAUGGAGCUCGUUCUUUGAUGAGAAAGCUGCAACUUCUCUUUGCCUUUCUGGCUCACACUCAGAGAGCAGCAUAUGCUCCACAGAGCUUCUUUGAAGAAUCAAGACCACCAUGGUUCACCCCUGGAUCCCAACAAGACUGUUCUGAGUACCUCCGGUUCCUCCUGGAUAGGUUGCAUGAAGAAGAAAAAACUUAUAGAAUUCUCCAGUGCAACGCCCCACAAAGCAGUAACAGUUUGAUUCAUGAUUGCAAAUCUCUGGACAAUUCACGGGAAGCAUCCCCUCUCACUGAAACAGAUCUGCCAAGAGUUGAGGAUGGGAAAACUCUAAUAGAGAAGAUGUUUGGAGGCAAACUCCAAACCACUAUAUGUUGCCUAAACUGUAAGAGUACCUCUCAGAAACAGGAGGCCUUCACUGAUCUUGCUCUAGCCUUUCCACCAUGCAUGGAAGAUGUUAUAGAGGCUGGAUCCACCCAGUCAUUUGCCUCAGCCAAUUAUGAAAGCACAAUGCCUCCGUGCUGUACCGGAGUGGUUUCUGAUGCACUUCACAAUGAGCCUCCUGAAAUUCAUAGUCUUCAAGUCGAAGAAAUUGGACACAGAUCAGAGAUGGCUGGUGAAAUGCUGCAAAAAUUUCCAGUGCAGCCCGUUGCUUCCAUAGAUUCAUGUGGCCUGCCCAUGCCACCUGAUAAACUGAUCACAGUUCACAGCAAUAAAUCCAUUGAACAGAAUGACAAAACUAAGUCUGUCCCUCAUCUAAUAAAUUAUUUCUUGGCCCCUGAAAUUCUAAAUGGAGACAACAAGUAUUACUGUGAAAAAUGCGCCUCCUUGCAAAAUGCACAGAAGAUUAUGCAGGUGGUUGAUGAACCUGAAUAUCUCAUUCUCACUCUUCUGAGAUUUUCAUACGAUUCAAAGAGUCACAUAAGACGCAAGAUUCUAGAUGAUGUGGCACUUCCUCUUGUUUUACAGUUACCAGUUGAAAAAACAUCUUUAAAAUCACCAGCACUCACCCAAUCCUUGCUGUCUGAUUCAGCUGAAAACCUACCUAAGAAACUGAAGUCCUGUGGCUCAGUUGACUCAAGUGAUUCACAGCCAGUAUCUUAUCUCCUCUCUUCUAUUGUGGUGCAUUCUGGAAUGUCAUCUGAGAGUGGGCACUAUUACUGCUAUGCGAGAAAUACCAGUUCAGGAUCUGUGGGUCAGUUAUGUUAUAAGGCUGACCUUGCAGGUCUGCCCCCUCAGGCUUGCGCAACAGAUAAUGAUGAGUCCAACACUUCAGUUAUUUGGCAUGAUCCAAAUUGCAAAGAGACAUCAAAGGAGUGGUUUCUAUUUAACGACAGUAGAGUGACUUUCACGUCUUUUCAAUCUGUUCAGAACAUCACCAGCAGGUUUCCUAAGGACACAGCCUAUGUCUUGUUUUACAAAAAACAGGGUGCUGAUUGUGGCAUCUAUCCAAGAGCAAUAAAUGGGCUGUGGGUAAACGGAGAGCCACCACUGCAGAGGGAACUCAUGGAUGCAAUCACUAAGGAUAACAAACUUUAUCUACAGGAACAAGAGCUAAAUGCCCGUACCAGAGCACUGCAAGCAUCCUCCACUACAUGUUCAUUUCGUCCGCGUGGUUUUGAUGACAGUGACCCACCAGGGAGUUGCGGCCCAAGUGGUGGCGGAGGAGGAAAUGGUGGCUUUAAUACUAUUAGCCGGCUUGUCUUCUGAGACUCCUUCUACAAGGCCAACAUUCUUUUCUCUCCCCUCUUUCUGCUGUUGAUUAAGGAAUAUAUGUAACAUGUUCAUCAAGUCACUCUAUUGAUGAAGCAUCAAGAUGCUUCCAGCUGUUCUUUGUUUCACAGCCUAUUUGGCAUUUUGAAAAAAAAGGCUUGUACUAAUUCUAUAUCCUUGUUAAUUCUUUAAAAUAGGGAAAAAAGACCCAAAAAUAUUGAUGAUUGCAAUAGUUUUUAAUGUUUGUAGGUAUCUUAACCUUACAGCUGAAUCUCACCCUGACUAUAUUUGCAUGUUUGAAUGAAUUUUGUAAAUAAGACAUUCAGCACUGUAAUGUGUAUUUGUAUAAAGGCUGUAAAUACAUUAAGUGAACUUUUCAAACCCAUUACUAAUCAAAACAUGAUUUUUAAAUUGCCAAAUGUCUAUUAUUGCAUUUCAUUGAUGUUAUUUUUAGUUGUGUAAACAACAUCUUGCAAUUUCAGGGAAUAGUGUUUGUCACAGAUUUGGUAGCCAUUUUUGCUUUUUUUUUGAGUGUGUGUUUGUGCAUGUGUGCCUUGAGACCUACAUAGACAAGGUACAAUUAGGAUCCAAGAAUUUAGAAGUUAUAUUUUCCAUCUUAUUUUUGAAAAUACACAUCCUUGGGAGAGGGAGGAGAAUUGCUUAUAUUUUUGUCAUAGAUGUAACUUAACAUGUUAAAUCUUGUUUCUGUUUUUGAAAUGUCGAAGAAACCCUGCCAUCACUUGAAGAGAUCUAAGGUUUAUUGCAUAUGUAUACUAAAUAUAAAAUGCUAACAAAAGUGUCUGUCCCUAUGUUUGCUCAUGGCUAACACAAUGAUUUAACUACUGAAUAAUUCCAAACACGGUCAAACUUAUGAAUGUGUUGAGAAUUGUUCUAGCAUUGGGUGAACUACUGUGCUAACUAAGAACCUAUUGUAAAACAAUAUUUAUAAAUAUUUAAAUGUAAAGGAGAUAUGACUAAGGGAGAAAGAAAUAACUUACUUGAGAAAUGUUGCCUGUUAUUCGAUGUUUUUCACUAAAUUAUUUAUUUUUAAUUUAGAAAUGCGCUGCUUAUACAUUAGGAUGUUUCAAAACAUGUGAAUACAAUUUUAGUAACUAUUUCCAACUUGACCUAGAGACUAGUAACAAUCAGUGCUUGCUAAGUUUCCUCACAUCAGUUUUUCUUCAGUUGGUAUCAAGUUUCAAUUACAAGCAACAAAACUAUUCAUUCUAUUUUAUAUACAUUUUUGGCUUACUUUAAAAGUAUCUUUUUAAGUUGUUUUCCUUUCUCCUUAGGUUUUUUGUAAAAUAUUUGUCUUAAAAAUAAUACGUGCAGUUUUUUGUUGAGCCCAUUUUGUACCACAGGGCUUUGACAAUAAAGCAAAACUGCUUGUUACAAUUGUCUUUUGGCUUCAUCAUCCCAGUCUAUUCCCAUUGAUAGGUCUUUCUGAUGGUUUACUGAAUUUAUCACGUACUUUAAAUGUGGAUCUUCUGAUUUUGCAAAGUGCCAAAUUAAUGUGGUACAUGAUUGUGACUUGAUUUUACCUGCUAAGCAGAUUUUAUUUAUCCUUGAUAUAACUGAACGACAGCAGUGAUUUAAAAAAAGUUUCACAGUGGUUAUUAAACUUUGAAAAUAACUAGGAACUGUGACUUUUGGCAGAAGAGAUACAUUAAAAAGUGCCUUAAGGAAGAAAUUGUGGGGCGUUGGAAUUACAGAGCUGAAGACACAGGUAGCUUGUGUCAUUGCUGCCAAUGAUGGAGCAAUUAAAAUUCAGGAUGCAUAAGAAGCUAGAACUGGAGAAGUUCAGAAAUCCUGAGUGUUAGUAGGAUUUGGAGCAAUUACAGAGAUAGGGUGGAACAGGGAUUUUGUCAGAUCAUUUCCACUAGGGCAACAAACGUAUGCGUGUUGGGUGAAAAGCAUUUGGGGUGAGUUGAAAUGUAGGUAGCCAAUUUUUGAAUAAUCACAGGAUGGGAGUUCAGGCAAGAGGGCAUUGCACCAGAAAGCAAGGGAGACUUUGUUCAGGAUUUCAGUAUGAGAUGAGCUGAAACAAAUCAUGUUACAGAGGUGAAGGUAACUUUUAAUAAAUUGCUCUCUAUAAUUGAGGAGAGAUGAAAAAUUUAGAGAAAUAUGAUUUUAAAUUGAAAUCAAAUGAACAUUAAAAUAAUCAUGUUUAGGUCAAGGAAUAAAUAUUGAUUAAUAAGAAUGGUGGGGUAGUGCUGAAAAUUGCUCUCAAACACAUGAUAUCAUUGUGUGCAUUUUCCAGAGACACCAGGGGGAGCCAUCUACCCACAAUCAAUUAUUAAACCAAAGGACGGGAAGAUGUCUUUUCAAGGCAACUUGUCUCAACUCUCUACUUCAUGGAAGAUGACAGCAGUGUAAUUAAAGUAAAAUACUACAUCAACCACAAUUGUGUCACAAAUUACUAACAUAGACCAAUUGUUCAAAUUUAAAAUAAGGAACAAUUAUAGUAGUCUGUGAACUUUAACACAUCCACGGCCUACAAUAGGGCAUGCAAACUUUAGUUGGGGAAAUUCUUAAUGGUUUGAUGAUGGGAUAUUCUGACCAGAUGACACAUGCUCAUAUUAUAGCUAAUAUAAUUUUAUGCACCUAUGUUUUAAAGGAUUAGUCCCUGCAGUUAAGUAAUUUUUCUCAUUACAAAAUUGUGUGCCAAAUUCCAAGAGCAAGGAAUACGUCUGGGUGCAGGUGAGAGGGCAAACCAACGGCACAGAAGAGAAGAGUUUGAAUAUGGAGAGUUUAGAAGAGGAGAAACCUGAGAUGGGAAGAACAGUGAUUCCACAAGUAGCCAAUAGCUGCUGAAAUUAGUAUUUGUGGUCAUGCUCAGAUUUCCCUUGUAACCAUAAGUAUUACUGUAGAAUAUUUUAAUGAUGGUUUAUAGUGCUGCCAAUUAGCUUAUCUGUAACCUGUCAUAACCCAAAACUCACUGAUCUUCACACUGAACCCAUUGCCAGAAUCUCCCCAGCUUUUACUAAGCACAAACAGGCUCUGGGCUGACUCUUUAAGUCCAAGCUGGGGCGAACACAGAUGGAUAGGUGAGGAAUAUAACCUUCCAGCAACAUACAGAUCCGUGGUUCCUUUCUCCAUCCAGCAGAGACCAGUACAAUGUGUGGACCAAGGGCAAAACAGGAAUAGCUUCCAAAGAGUAGAGGCCACAAAUUCUCAGGGAAGUAAAUCUUGAAAAUUUUUAAAAUUCACUGCUUACAGAUGUAAGGAGAAUCAAAAGGGUUCAGACACUGGUCAAGCAGCCAAGGUGCUUGAUGAUUAUGAACUUCUUCUGUAAGACCAUAAGAGAGCAGAGCAGAAUUAGGCCAUUGGGCCCAUUGAGUCUACUUCAGAAUUCAAUUCUGGCUGAUGUUUUUCUGCCUACUCCCUGUAAUCUGCUUAACAAUCCAGAACCUAGCUGUCUUUGUCUUUGUACAUUCAAAGGGAUAACCUAUAAUUCAAUUAAAUGAGGCAGAGAGAUAAUCACAAAAAAUUAAAAAUAAGGUGGUG